UUUAAAACUUUGCCCUCCUUUGAGCUCCACGCCUUGCUCAGGUGCAGUGUUCUUUCCAGGCAGCAGACAGCAGAGAGCUCUGUGUGAGGGGACACAGAGGACUCAGAGGACGCAGAGGACUCAGAGGACGCAGAGGACAGAGGACUCACUGUGCUAUAGUCUCAGUGGACAUCAUGAACACCAAUGCUGCCCUUAUCCUGCUGCUGGCCAUGUCUCUGUGUGCUGCAGGAGGAGUGUUUUCUGGUGAUCAUACACAUGAGAGAUUGACCCAGAGCUCAGAGACAGACUACUACCAGUCAGUGCUAUGCCCUCCCAUGCCUGCAGCCUUAGCCCCAUCACUGUCAGUGCAUUCUCUCUCACCUGCUGACAUAUCUUCUGUGUAUGCUGUGGGAGUACCAGCUUCACACAGAAAUGAAGUAUUCAGGGUUGUCAACAGACUAACUGAGCUGCUGUCCAUGUUUAACCCAGAUGUCCUCACACAAAAUGUGGAGAAUUCUGUAGAACAAAGGACACUCCAAGCUGAAGUUGAAGAAAUAUCACUAUACCUUGCACAAGACAGCCAGUGGAAGCUUUGGUUGCUGUUUGUUCCAGCCAGUUCCCUGUGUCCCUGUUCACCACAUGUUAUUGAAGAUGUUACUGCAUUGGUCCAAGAAGUGGAGGAAACUCUUCUGAUCAUGCACAACAAGCUGCACCGCUCUUUGGUCCAUGUGGUGGUGUGGAGUGGACCUGAUCACCUGGAGAGCUCCUGUGAAUGCCUCCAGAACGAGAACAUAAACCAACGGCUGCAUCGGGCCUCACUUCUCCAAACACUGCAGGACUCAUUAGACUCGCUGAUGGUGGACAAACAGUGGCACAGUGAUGACUUCAGUGUGGUCCUACAGCCUGUCCCAGUCAUCUCUGAGUCUGUCAAUUCUGUGUCAGAUGUAAACAACAUGGUCGUUCAGCUGUGGACUAACAUGCUGCAGGUUCCAUACACAAAGAGGUCAGAGGUCAUGGACAGCUCGCUCAUGCAAAUCCCCUGUCCUUCCCUGGAGCAGCCAUACCUACGCACACAGAUGAACUCGCCUGCCGAGAAGGAGCAGAGGGCGCACAGCACAGCACCUGCAGCCGUGGAUGUGUAUUAUGGGACUGAACUUCCAUGCACACACCGCAGUCCUUCUGCCUCUCCACCCACCUCAGUGCAUGAGGUCAGACCUGCAGACAUCAAAGUGGUCGCUGCUGUUGGAGACUCUCUGACGGCUGCCAAUGGUGUAGGUGCAAAGGACAACAACCUUCUGGGGGUGAUGACACAGUACAGGGGACUGUCGUGGAGCAUCGGUGGAGAUGGCAACAUUACUACAGUCACAACCCUGCCCAACAUCCUGAAGGAGUUCAAUCCCAACGUGACUGGCUUCUCUGUGGGGCAGGGCUCACAGGACAAGCCCGAAGCCUUUCUCAACCAGGCCGUAGCAGGGGCCAAAAGCGGUAAUAUGGUUGCACAAGUGCGUGUGCUGGUGGACAAGAUGAAAACUGACCCGAGAAUCGAUUUCCACAAUGACUGGAAAGUGAUCACGAUGUUUGUGGGAGGAAACGACAUUUGUGACUUUUGCAUGGAUUCUGUAAUUUACUCUCCCCAGAAUGUAAUAAACCGCAUCAAAGCCGCUCUGGACAUCCUCCACAAGGAAGUGCCUCGGGCCAUAGUGAACCUGGUGGAGCUCUUAAACAUUGUACCUCUGAGAGAGCUGCACAUGGACAGUACUCUGAGAUGCCCCACCUGGCUUGUCAAUUUGAUUUGCCCUUGCAUACUGAAGCCAAAGGAGGGAUCAGCAGAGUUGCAGAAGGUCAAAGAUUUUAACAGAGCCUAUCAGAAAGCCAUGAGAGAUCUGGUAGAGUCUGGACACUACGACAAACAUGAGAACUUCACUGUGGUACUGCAGCCAUUCUUCAGAGAGGUGUUCCUGCCCAAACUCCAGGACGGUCGGCCUGAUCGCUCCUACUUCACCCCGGACUGUUUUCACCUCAGCCAAAAAGCCCACACGCUGAUGGCCCGCGCGCUCUGGAACAACAUGUUGGAGCCACUCGGCAACAAAACUUACACCCAAGACUUCACCCAGGGAAUCGCUCUGAAGUGUCCCUCUGAGACCACACCAUUCCUAAGAACUGCUCUCAACAGCAACUAUACAUUCUCCGGCCCGCCACCCGUUCCUCCUCCUAUUACAAACUGGGGUAGUGAUUUCUCCUGCGUGGACACAGCCCCAUCACAAUCUGUGCCCACCUCAGUUCACAGGUUACGCCCGGCUGACAUUAAGAUAGUAGGUGCUCUGGGAGACUCAAUCACAACUGGAUUUGGGGCCAAAGCAAAAAACCUUAUGCAGCUGAGGACAGAAUACAAAGGGGUAUCUUGGAGCAUUGGGGGUGAUCAAACACUGGAGAAAGUCACAACAUUACCAAACAUCCUAAGAAAGUUCAACCCUGACCUGAAAGGCAUGUCCACAGGACAAGGGAACCUAGUGCAGAGCAAAUUCAACAUGGCUGUGUCUGGAGCUAAAAUAGCGGGAAUCCCAGCUCAAGUGAGACGCCUCAUUGACGAUAUGAAAACUGACCCUUCUGUAGACUUUCAGAAUGACUGGAAGCUGAUUACCCUGUUCAUCGGAGGCAACGACCUGUGCUCAUACUGCAAUGACCGAGCUACACUGUCACCUCAGAACUAUAGUCGGCACAUGAUGGAGAGCCUGGACAUUCUGUACAAUGAGGUGCCCAGACUUCUGGUCAAUGUGUUGGAAAUCCUUCAGAUCGAGGGCCUUCGCAUGGUGAAGAGGGACAGUUUGGGCUGCAGCGUGUUGCAACAGUAUGUGUGCACGUGCUUCUUGGCUCCCGGUGAAAACUCUCCAGAACUAUCUGAAAUCAAACGUGUGAAUCAGGAGCUCCAGGUUGAGACGGAGAAGCUGGUGUACAGCGGUCGCUAUGAUGGCAGGGAGGAUUUUGCAGUUGUUGCUCAGCCUUUUUUCAAAAACUCCAUUGUUCCUCUGAAUGAUGAGGGCAGCCCCGAUACCACAUACUUUUCUGAGGACUGCUUCCACUUUAGCGAGCGAGGACAUUCCAACAUGGCCACCGCUCUAUGGAACAACAUGCUGGAGCCAGUGGGGAAGAAGCAGACAUUCAACAAUUUCUCAAAUGCCAGAAAUGACUUAAAGUGCCCCACUAAGGAUCAUCCAUACAUCUUCACCAAACUCAACAGCCUGCCACCUGAGACCACCACCUCUCCUCCCACCCCUCCCCCCACCACACCCUCCAUCCUCCCUGAAUGUGAGAACAGUGUACCCGUGUGGUUGUCUCCCGUGUUGGCUGUUGCAGGCCUGCUGAUAGGCUGUGCUGUCACAUGGCUCUUUUUCUCCUGCAGAGCCAAAAAGAACAAAAAGACCACCACCGUGGAAAUGAAUGGAACUAUGUUUUAAAGACUGUAAACAGUUGUACUAGAUUACUAAUUGUAUUACAAAGUAAUAUGUUCACUUAUGCAGUAACAGCUGGUUUAACAGCUUUAUAUUGAUGCCACAUGCUUGCCUAACAGUUUGACCACAGCCGUGUCUCUCAAAUGUGAGAGACCUCUCCUCCUGAAAAUGUUCAUAUAAUUCAGAACAAAAUAUAACUUCUUUUCCCUGAUAUAAAUAACAGUUGGCGCUUCAAUUGUUGAUUCUGCAGAAAUCCCGCUGUUUCUCAGUCCUCUUUUUUUUGUCUGUUUUUACUUGUCAGCCGCCAUGUUUUGUUUUUACAUGAGUGAAGCAUGCAUUUCUCUGAUUGGUUAAUGUGCCAAUCACGCCCUCUGGAAUUGGGGAGACAGGAGACAGUUCCAGACCCACUCAUCUUUGUAAGGUUUUGUCAGAGCAUGUGGUUCUGGCGGGCCAGGUAAACUUUACAGGCAGAAUAAUUAUUUUGCCUGUAUAGUUUAUAAUAGACUACUCCUUAUACUAACUUAAUUUGUUGCAUUUGCCUUGUAUAUUGAAGACAAAAUGCCCUUUAAUUAUGUUUUAAAUUGUGUUUUAUUUAUAAUGUUAAACAGAUAAUGCAUUAAGUGAACUUUGGAAUUGCCUGACUAGAAUAACAUAUGUAAGUCUAUUAUUCCAUUCAGAGACAGAACAAUAAUGCAACCUCACAGUGACCUAUUACAUAUAAU